AUGGCAACCACAAGCCCAGAGUGGCAAGCAGUUGAUUAUCCCCCUCGUUACCUUGCUGAGAAGCGGUCAGCAUACGCAAUCCCACUUGUAAAGUCAAAGCGCGGACUUAUCAUAGCUGGCUCAAUUCUCGCAGCUGCCAUAGUACUCGUUGCUAUCGUUGUCCCUAUAUAUUUCGUCGUGAUCAAGCCAAAAUCAUCGUCGUCGAAUAAUAGCUCUGGCUCUCCCAGCAGUCCCACCUCCACCUCGACCUCUUCAUCCGGUCAACCUGCCUCCGAUGUCGUCACUGGUGGCAAUGGCAGCACCAUCACGAUGGAGGAUGGUACUACAUUCACGUACUUGAACCCUUUUGGUGGUACCUGGUAUUGGGAUCCUCAAGAUCCAUUCAACAACAAUGCUCAGGCUCAGUCGUGGACCCUUCCCCUCAACCAGACCUUCAGGUUCGGCAUUGAUAAGAUUUUUGGCGUCAAUUUGGGUGGUUGGCUUACUACGGAACCCGUGAGUUGCGCACCCGCUCUUUACCAGAAAUAUCCUACAGCUAUUGAUGAGUGGACACUGAGCGAAGCUAUGGCCGCUGAUACAUCACCAGGUGGCGGUUUGUCGCAACUGGAAACGCAUUAUCAAACGUUCAUUACCGAACAAGAUUUUGCCGAAAUUGCUGGAGCAGGACUGAACUUCGUUCGCAUUCCCCUUCCAUACUGGGCGAUCGAGGUACGAUCAGGCGAACCAUUCCUCCCCAAGACCUCGUGGACAUAUUUCUUAAAGGCCAUUCAGUGGGCUCGUAAGUAUGGUCUUCGCAUUAACCUCGACUUCCAUGCCCUUCCUGGAAGCCAGAAUGGGUGGAAUCACUCCGGCAAGUUCGGGUCAAUAAACGUUCUCUACGGCCCAAUGGGUAUCGCAAAUGCCCAGCGAUCACUAGAUUAUAUUCGGAUCCUCGCCGAGUUCAUAUCUCAGCCUGAGUACCAGGAUGUUGUUAUCAUUUUCGGCAUUACAAACGAGCCUCAAGGAACCCCGAUCGGCCAGGAUGCUCUCUCUCGGUACUAUAUGCAAGCAUACGAUAACGUCCGCGAGGCUUCGGGCAUUGGGGCAGGCAAUGGUCCCUUCAUUUCCUAUCACGACGGAUUCCUCGGUCUUCCUCAAUGGGCCGGCUGGCUCCCGAAUGCUGAUCGCAUUGCUCUCGAUGACCAUCCUUAUAUCUGCUUUGACGGCCAGUCUUCUGCCCCUAUGUCAUCUUACGCUCAGACUCCAUGCACUACCUGGGGUGGCAUGAUGAACACUUCCAUGAACGCAUUCGGGUUUACAGCUGCCGGAGAAUUCAGUAAUGCUGUUACUGACUGCGGUCUUUAUCUGAACGGUGUGGGACUUGGAACACGUUAUGAGGGUACAUAUACUCCAGGAACCUGGCCUGUCAUAGGGAGCUGCACGCCAUGGACAGACUGGCAGAGUUGGAACUCGACCAUGAAAUCAAGCAUUGAGCAAUUCGCCUUGGCCAGCAUGGAUGCUUUGCAGAACUGGUUCUUCUGGACAUGGAAAAUCGGAAACUCUUCUACUUCUGGUGUCGUCGAGUCGCCGCAAUGGUCGUACCAACUUGACCCUCGCGUUGCAUCAGGAACCUGCGCAAAUCAAGGUAUAUGGAGUCCUCCUCUCCAAGCAUGGCAAACGGGGGGUGCAGGUGCAGGCCAGAUUGCUGCAGCCGUUACUUCAUCGUACACCUGGCCGCCUGCUCAGAUCAGUAAUGCCGGUGCUGUCUCCUUGUUGCCUUCCUAUACCCCCACGGGAACUGUGGCAACCCUUCCCCCUCCUACAUUCACGUACUCUUCUGGUCAUGCUGUCAAAACUGCCAGUGCUGGGGAUGGCUGGGAGAAUCCCUCCGACACUGCAAGUGGAAUGGUUGGUAUUGCAUCGUGCAGCUAUCUCAAUCCAUGGAUUGGGACCGCCGCACCACCUUCACCCCUUUGUAGCAGUGGAGCUGCCGCUCGAGCGGUUCCUGCUCCACUCAUCACCCCCGUCGCUCGUCAUCAAUCAUAA